GACAUCGAGGUUUCGGCUGUACAAGCAGACGCGUAUCACGGUGAUUAUUGGAAGCACAGCUUCUCUUAGUUUUGUAGUCUCAUCUCCAGACCAGCGGCUACUCUUCCGGGUAUUGUUGAACACCGUCCCCUGCAGUGAACUUCACGACGCCUCCUCUACAUUUCUUCUUUAACGACGAAAAUGGGAACACAGAAGACCACUGGAGCUCCGCCCCAGAACAGCACCAUUCCCGGUGGCAGGGAGUUCAACAGCAACGGCAGGAAAAGGACCUACACCAAGAGCGGAGACAAACAAGACAAAGUUAAGAAGUCCAAGAAAAAAGGCGUGGAUUGUAGUACUGGCGGCACGAGCAGUUACAGCAGGAAGGAUACAAGUCCACGCCAACGGAACACCGUGGCGCCAUUGGAGCCAGAGCAAAUGAUUUCAGGGAAGCAAACAGCAAAUCAACCCGUUAAAGGAAAUAAUCCAGUUGUGGCCGAGGAGAAAGGUGGGGCAAGCAAAGACAUAAGAAAAAGUACUGAUCCUGAUGGCGACGAGGUGAAUCAACAUGUUGUAAGGGGUUCGAAGAAAAACAGCCCGACGGACAAAGCCGACGCCGAUCACGUGACGCUUGAAGCCGCAUCCGACCACAUACUCGAGUUGCCACUGUCCUCAGCCAAUCCCCAAAGCGCUGAAGUCGAACACAAAAAUUCUGCCUCUACGACCGGCAACGGUUGUUCAUCUAUGGGGAAGCCCACAGCAGACAUCCGGAAAGACCUUACUGAAAUGGUGGCUGAUAAGCCCCAUAAACCAGCGAAACCAAGAGGCAGGACCAAGGGGUCAACAAAGAAGCAAGGAUUGCCAAAUGAGAUAUCUGGUGCUCGUGCUGAGAAACAAAACUGCUUUACUGGGUCCGCAUCGGCAAGCACUAACACUCAUGGACCACUCCAUGGUGAAGAUUAUGCAACAACAGAUACUCACCAUGAAAAGGAGAACCUGCUGAAUCAAAAAGUUCCCUUCAUUUGCACAUUACCAUCACAGAACGAAUCGUCUUCAAAGGCAGGAAUACAAUUUUGUGUGGAAUCUCUUCCAACCGUGUCAGGAGUUGACAGUCAUCGUCUACAUUCAGAUGUAUAUGACCCUUCCAAUGAAGAGACUUCAAUUGGCUUGACGAGAACGUCUUCAGACGAAAGCCGUGGAACAGGAAACGAUACCGUUUCUGAAAUAGACACUCCUACACAAGAACAACUGUCGAUCAAGCGUCCCCCUGAGUUGGAGAAGAACGGAGGGGGGGAUAUAAUUAGCACAAUCGCUGCAAAAAAGACGCACAAAGGUAGUCGAGCUGGCGUUAAGUGUCAGAAGACCGACAAGAACGAUAACGUGAAUAACUCAUUCCCACCGUCUGAACGCAUCCUUUGCUACAUGAAAGAACAAAAUCGUCCAUACAACGCCCAGAUCGUUUUUGAUAACCUAAAAAAAUCAAUAAAAAAACCGGAUGUCGAAAGAAUUCUCGAGGACCUGGUGGCGCAAGGCUCGCUGAUCGUCAAAGACAUCGGGAAAAUGAAAGUUUAUAUGUACGAACAGUCCCAGUUUGGACACAAGAUGACACCCGAGGAGAUGAGUGCUGCCGACAGGCAAAUAAGCGCGCUCACAGAAGAGAUUCAACAAAUCGAAGUUGAGUUAAGAGUACAGAAGGCAUCUUUAAGCAAGCGUGAAGCUGACACUGCGGCAGUAGAACAGAGUGAUUCCAUUCAAAAAGAAAUAAACGAUUUGAAGGUCGUCCUGUGUAAGGCCACAGGGAACCUGAGCGCACCUGCGCUGACAGCCGAUGACAUGAAUAAAACGAAGGUGUCACACCGCAUGCUGCACGCAGAAUGGGCACGCCGAAAGAAGAUCUGCAUGGAUAUAUUGGGUCAGAUAUCUGAGGCUACGGGCCAGAGUGUGGAAGAACUUGUGCAGCGGUUAGGUGUGGAGAUAGAUGAAGAUUACAUUCCCGAUGACGCAUAUACGUCCUACUCAUGA